AGUCGAGCGAAUAGUGGGAGAAGCGCCACAUGAGAUUCUUUUUAAAUGUUUAUGUCUGUUGAUUCACUACGUCGGUGUCCUUUAGAAAGUUAGGGCUCCGGUUUAUCAAAGAAUGAACAGUUGAGUCGCUGAUAAUAUUAUAACUUUUUCAUUAAACACCCGCAUUUAAUAAUUUUUCGUAACAAUGGAUGAACAAAGUUUGCAAAGUGAUCAAAACAUCGAGUAUCAUUUAGUGACAAUGUUUGAAAAGUUGGAAAAUCUUAGAAAUGGUACAGUGAAAGCUACAAAAAUUUCAAAAUUGCCAGUUAAAGUAGAAAUCCGAACUCUAGAAUUUUGGCGGGCCGUGAUAUCUGAGUGUUUAUCUUCAUUUAUUUAUGUUUUUGUCGUUUGCGGGGCUGCUGCAGGGUCCGGUGUCGGAGCUCCUAUUUCAUCUGUCUUAUUAGCUACGGCUUUAUCAGCAGGAUUUGCAAUGACUUCACUUACACAGUGUUUUGGGCACAUUUCAGGUGCCCAUAUAAAUCCUGCUGUUUCUAUAGCAAUGGGUGUGAUUAAAAGGAUAUCGAUUUUACGAGCAGUUUUGUUUAUUAUUGCUCAGUGUGGAGGAGGAAUUGCUGGAGCUGCUUUCUUAUACGGAGUUACUGUUCCUGGAUAUCAAGGAAACCUCUCCGCAGCAAUUGGACAUUCUGCAGCUAUUGCUCCAUGGGAACGAUUUGGUAUAGAAUUCAUGUUGACUUUCAUAGUGGUCUUUUCCUAUUUUAUUUCUAUGGACACAUAUAGGAAAUGGACUGGAACCAGCUCAUUAACUAUUGGUUCGACCUAUUCAGCCUGCUCAUUUGUAUCUAUGCCAUACUUGAAUCCAGCGAGGUCUCUUGGUCCAUCAUUUGUACUUAACAAAUGGAAUAAUCACUGGGUGUAUUGGCUGGGUCCCAUGUGCGGAGGUAUAGUUUCUGGAUUAAUUUAUGAAUAUAUAUUUAAUCCAAGGCGCCAACGAAAAAUAAAAGACGUUCAAGACGAAGAAUCGUCCAGUAUCCGAUCUGACGAUAUCGAUACAUUCGACGAUAUAGAUAAACCAGCACCGCCAAAGUUUCAUGGAUCUAAUUAUAAUAAUUUCAGGGCUCCUAUCGGAGCGACCGCUUCUAAUUAUUGUGGUAGUUUGUAUUCAGCUCCUGCUACUAAAAUAGAACGUGGAGAAUCUAUUUAUGGAGGCACCAAAUCGCUUUAUUGUAACUCGCCUCCCUUAACACGAGCUAACUUGAAUCGAUCCCAAUCUGUUUAUGCCAAAUCAAACAGUGGGAUUCACAAAGAUUUGUUACCAAGAGCCGGACCUUUAGUCCCCGCACAAUCAAUGUACCCUUUACGUAUUAAUCAACAUAACCAUGUGAACAACCAAAAUGUUCAAAACCAAUUGCAACAAAGAACGGAAGGUGUAUAUGGCGUUAGAGGAAUAACUCCUGGCACUGCUAACAGACCUGAAACCCACGGAACAACAGAACGCCAAAAAGAAAAUUAUUCUACGGCAGAACGCCAAAGAUGUGAUAAUUAUUCUACAGCUGAGAGACAAAGACGGGAAAAUCACAUAGUAGAAAACCCUUAUGGAACAAGAGGAACUCCAAGUGCUUCAGAAACAACAGAAAAUAAACCAUCAAGAGGUAAUCGGCCAGAAUCUAUGUAUGGAGUACUAGGAUCUCAAACCAGAAGAGGGCAAUCCUCUAUUCAAUCUGAUGAUUCCUGUUACAGUUCAUACACUGCCAAUAGUAGUACUAGAAACAAUUAUGGGGGCAAUAAUAACGGAAAUUUUCACAACGCACAAAAACCUAAUUCUUUAGGAUAUUCGGGAAGAACCUGUGUUGGAGGUGGUGGUGCAACAAGUUCAGACAGUCGAGCCAAUCAAAGUACACAAAUUUUAGUUAACGGUUCAAAUCCUAGCUCCUAUCACCACCAACACUCACCGAAUCCUCAAUAUUAGAGUGCUAUUUUUGUUGACUAAUUUUUAGGAUACCAUUGAGAUAUGCUUGAAAGUAGUUAUAUAUCUAUAUAAAUUCUAUUAGUAUGUAAAAUAAAGUGUAUAUUUAAAUAAUAUUACAUAUUAGAUUUCAGUUCUCUUGACUGAAAAUCAUCAACCAACAUUUUGAAUUUUAAUAACCAUUCAAUUCUUACCUCACAAAAUAUCACUCAUUCUCAUUUUUCUUUCUAUAUUUUCCUGGAUAUAGACAGAAUCAUAUUUAAAAAUUUCAUCAAUGGAUUUUCUAAUAUUAAAAGUGUGAAUGAAGUGGUAAAUCAUCCUAAUUGUAGAUUUAAACAGUUAUAUGCUAUUUGUAUGCCAAAGAAAAUAUGAGAUGACUUUUUACCUAUGCUAUUCAGAUCUCAGAUGAGUCAUUUGAUUGUGGAUUAACGUGACUCCACAAAUGUAUGAACUUUUCUGUUUGUUCCCACUCCCAACUACUUACAGUACCUUGUACAUAAUGAUGAAGUUAAUUUGUGUAUUUAAUAAAAUAUUUGAAAUAACUUUGGCUUUACAUUUUUAGCAGAAGACGAAAUUAAGCAUAUCUACUUUGAAAAAUAUAUAUAUAUAUAUAUAUAUAUAUAUAUAUAUAUAUAUAUAUAUAUAUAUAUAUAUAUAUAUCAAUUAGAUUAGAUUAAUAACUGAGGUAACUUUAUUUACUUAUGAACUGAUUUUAAGGAACUUUAAAAAAUGUGCAUUCGUUAGGACCUAUUAUUGCAAAAAAAGUAAUAUGUAUCAGUAUACUGAAGAUAAAUUAUAACUCAUAAUUUUUUAACAUCUAUAAAACGAAUUUAACCCAAUUUCGAUAAACCAACAAUUUUUUUCGCACGUUUUUGCAAAAUAGGACUAUACAGAAUAUAGUGAAAUGAAAAUUUUCAUUUGAGUAAGUGAUUUAGAUGCUCACUUUAUUUUCUUCUUUCUAGCAAAACUAGCAGAGUUUUAAAUUGUAGUUAUAAUUGAUCUAGAUGUACCUGAUACGUAUUAACAGCAUUUUAUUGCACAAUACGCCAACAAGUUAACAGUGUAUAUUAUGUAAAAGGCAUUCUGUUUAAAAAUCCAAUUUUACCAUUUCAUUAUUGCCAAAUAAUUGGUGAAAUUAAAACUACUGUAAUAUUUUUUUGUUAUGAAUGUUUGUUUAUGUAUUUUAAG